AUGAAACUCCAACUCUCUCUUCUUCUUCCUUGCUUGCUGGCAACCGCCAGUGCAACAUCCUACACCGAGGACUACCGUCCUCAAUAUCACUUCACCCCAGCCAAAAGCUGGAUGAAUGACCCCAAUGGCCUCAUCUAUCAUAAAGGCAAAUAUCACAUGUACUUUCAGUACAACCCUACAGGCAACGUCUGGGGAAAUAUGUCCUGGGGCCAUGCAGUCAGCGACGAUCUCAUUCGCUGGAAAGAAUUGCCUGUCGCCCUCAACGCCUUCGACUCUCCAGCAGGAUCGUUGAAUGAACUCUAUUUCUCCGGGAGUGCUGUCUCUGACGAUGCCAUGACUUCGGGUCUUGGACAUGGCAAGAGACCUCCUCUUGUGGCUGUCUACACAUCGGCUUAUACGAGAGAUAUGACCCUCCCGAGCAAUAAGUCUGUGCGUGCCGGCCAGCAGUCUCAGUCAAUCGCCUACAGCACAGACAACGGGUUUUCUUGGACUGAGUAUCCUGAUAACCCAGUCAUCCUAGAGCCUCCUAGCCAAUAUGCCGGCCAAUAUCUCAACUUCCGCGACCCAUUCGUCUUCUGGUACGAGCCAAGCAAGCACUGGGUCAUGACCGUAUCACUGCCCAACCUUCACAAGCUGCUUAUCUACACUUCCAAAAAUCUCACAGACUGGGCACAUGUCAGUGAAUUUGGUCCUGUCAAUGCAGUUGGUGGUCAGUGGGAGUGCCCCAGCUUGUUUCAGCUUCCUGUGGAUGGGAGAAAGUCCAGAACCAAGUGGGUUAUGGUGAUCGGACUCAAUCCCGGUGGCCCCGCACAUGCUGGCGGAUCAGGAACCCAGUAUUUGGUCGGCAACUUUGAUGGAACAACAUUCACGGCAGAUGCCAACAAUGUCUACGAUGCGUCUGCUCCAGAAGAUAGCGUGGUGUUUGAAGAUUGGAAAGAAACCAGCUUCGCCGCAUCGAGCUGGAAGCCAACUGGUGACUUCGUUAAUCAAGAGCCCAGCAACGGCCAGGUACUCACCUUGUGGGAAAAGGGCGAUGAAUCUGUUGGAUCUCUCAGCUCCAAGAAGUUUACUGUCUCCAAGAAAUACAUUGCCUUCAAGAUCGGCUGUUGCAACAAUCCGUACAAUCCAGACACGUAUGGAACGACAGAAGAUCAGGAGACAGCGAUCAACCUGAUUGUGGAUGGACAGGUUGUCCGAUCGACCACUGGCGUCAACGGAGGCGAUGUCAUAUGGGCGAGCUGGAACGUCGCCAACCUCAUUGGCAAGACUGCAUAUAUCCAACUUGUCGAUCGCGCCACGGGAGGCUGGGGCCAUCUUGACGUAGGCGAAAUCGUCUUCACAGACAAACCACUCCCGCCGCAAGCGAACUGGGUGGACUACGGCCCUGACUACUAUGCUGCUGCCACUUACAAUGGACUUUCCAAUUACGAGCGCGUGGCCAUCGCCUGGAUGAACGAUUGGGCCUACGCUGUGGACAUUCCCACUUCCCCUUGGCGAAGCGCGAUGAGCAUACCUCGGGUCUUGACACUUGAAACCGUGGACGGGAGAGCACGUCUGAUACAGAAGCCACAUCCUAACCUGCAAACCUUGGAUAGCAAAAGAAUGCUGUAUAAGAAUCAAUGGCGUUUAACGCGCACAGGCAAUUUGACUCUCCCAGUGUCUGGAAAGGCCUUAGAUAUAACCUUGACUUUUGCCGCUGGCAAAGACUCAAAAAUACUGGGCCUGAACCUGCGAACAGACGGCAAGAAAUACGGCACCGCUAUUGGUUAUGACUUUGACACCAAUGAGAUGUUCGUUAAUCGCGAGUCAUCGGGUGAUUCUUCCUUCAGCGCCUCGUUCUCCGGCGCAUACUACGCUCCGCUGCCUGUAAGAGAUGGAAAGGUUAAACUGCGCAUUCUGCUGGACUGGUCAUCGGCUGAGGUGUUUGGCGGGAGUGGCGAAGAAGCGAUAACAGCACAAAUCUUUCCUCCGGAUUCAAGCACGGGCGUGUCGCUGUUUUCUGUUGGUGUUGUGAAAGACGUUAAGAUAGAGGUGCACUCGGUAUCGUCCGCAUGGAGAGGGCCGUAUUGA